AUGCAUGCCUUAAGGGAGCCUAAAGGGAUAUCUGAGACGACACUCGAUGAUGCGGGAGUGGUGCUAUCGCGAGAGGACGUGAUACAUGCAUGCCGUACGGGAGCCUCAACUGCAUAUGCAAUCGUGGCUAUACGCUAUAGGCCAUAA